UGAAAUCUUUCCCCACUCACUCCGAGUUCUAACUCACUAGUGGGGAGACGGAGACACGAGCGGACACGUGCAAACAGGAGAGGACUCGGGACACAAAAAAACCAGUGAUCAAGUCCACAGACGUUACUGGACUGGUUAUUUACAAAACUUAAAGUACCAUAAAACAAACUGACCUGAGUGCAGCUGGACAAACUGAGGUGGAUGACAGAAGGCACGCUUUCCUGUGGUCAGUAAACAGCAGCUGUUUCCUAUCAAAAUAACUCAGCCACCGUUUGACCUUGUUACUUCUGCUUCCACCCGAGGACCUUUGACCACAAACUCCUGUUUUGGAUUUAGAUUUUGCUGCUAGAGAGACAACCCCUGCAAAGUCCAGGAUGCGUGUGAUCCUCUUCCUGAACCAAGCCUUCCUGCUCCUCCUGCUGCUCCCCUCCACCGAGAUGAAAAGACCCGGGAAGGGCCGAGGCCUCAAACGUGCAAGGCAGAAACUUGCACAGGACAGACUUUUGCAGAUGGUAAGAGGAGUCGGGCGUCACAGCAGAUCAGACAGGUUUGUGGUACCUACGUGUUCAGAGCUGUCAGAAUCUGGGGAAAACUUUGUGGAUUGUCAAGAUCAAUAUCUCACCUCUAUUCCUGCCUCGAACACCUGGUCCAAAAUGCCCAAGCACCUUCUUUUAGCUCGAAACAGAAUCAAAGUCCUCCAUGAUGGAGCCUUCUCUGGCUAUGAGAGUUUAAUUAGUCUAGACCUUCAACAGAACCAGAUCUCUCUGGUGAAGGAGCAGGCUUUUGAGGACCUAACGCAGCUCACAACCCUUCUGCUGCAACAUAACCGACUGACUACACUCAGCGAAGAAGCUCUCAUCUUCAUUCCAAAUCUUCGUUAUUUGCGUUUGCACGGCAAUCCCUGGAAAUGCCUCUGCCCCAUGGAAAGUCUCAUUCGAACUCUUCAAGUUCCAAGUAACAGGAAUUUUGGAAAUCAUGCUAGGUGUGCAGAGCCAAUCAGUCUAAAGAACAAGAAACUGAAGAAUAUUAAUCCUGAUCUACUCUGUGAAGAGUCUCCCGGGGAUCCACAUGGCAACAUGACAGACCCUAUAGAGCCAAGUCCAAUCCGCAGCAAAUCAGAUGCUACGACACUCUGUCACACCUACUUUUUUCCAAAAGUACAAAUGGACUGCAGCAACCGAGGUCUAACUCAGGUGCCUUCAGGUAUACCCGAAGAUGUCGUUCAGGUCAACCUGUCCCAUAAUUCAAUCCGACAUCUUAAACCAAGAGAUUUUCAGGGAGUGAGAAGUCUCAGAGUCCUUAACCUCAGCAACAACAACAUGGAGCACAUAGACACAGGUUCACUAGCUGGGCUUUUGCAUCUUCAUGAGCUGGAUUUGUCCAACAACAAACUGCGUUUUGUUCAGUAUGGGGUUCUUGAAGACCUUUACUUCCUGUCACAGCUAAAACUGGGAGGAAAUCCCUGGCUCUGUGACUACAACAUCCACUACAUGGUUUACUGGCUACGUCUACAUCCAGGGGUGAAGCACUCGGGCCUGCUGUGUCACUCUCCUCUGGAACAUGCCGGUGAGAGAGUGGAGAAGUACGUGCAUUCCUACAACAGAGAGUGUCCUAAAGACAGACAGCUGAGCGGGCCGGAUCAAGACCAAAUGGAUCCCGAGCUUUGGGGAAAACCGUUAGAAGCCCUGGGAGAGGUGGAGGAGGAGCUGGAGCCGAGUCCCUUGAGGGUGCCACAGAAAUAUCAGAUAAUCAGACUGUCCUGAUAUAAAUGUUGCAUCUUAAAGACUUUUUUAAUCAAUUUUCACUUAAUGUUGUUACAUAUUGUAUCAUGUCUCUUAAUUCAAAUUGUUAGAAAUGCCAAUAUUUUAACAAUUUUUAUUUUAUUUUUUUUACUAUUUUAGCUAUACAUGGGUACUGAAAACAAUGAAAAACUCAGAUAUGUUGCAGGCUGGGCCAAUUUAAAGGCGUGCAGCAGCGCAGGUUGAGAUGGACCACAAUACUGAAAUAUCUGAGAAAAAAAUGCAUAAAAUGUUCAGGAUCAACAUUCUGGGUGAAUAAAUGUCAGGGUUGAAAGACUUUUUACUCAACAGGCUACACGGUCCUCUCUCACCUCUGCCACUUUUUAAGGUAGUGUGCUGUGGACAAGCAGCUCUGACCUGUUUCCAAACAUAGUCAUGUUAAAAGCUCUAUUUAUCAGGAGAAGGGUUCCUCACAGAUGCCAACACUAUUCUCACUUUGCCAGCAGACAUAAAUCCAAUACAAACAGAUGUGGCAGUUGGUAAUUGCAAGCCAAUAAUAGCAGCUGGAGCAGCUCUUGUGAGAAACACACCCAUAUAUAUGCUGCAUGUAGAUGCAUGUUUAGCAUAUUUAUGCUUUUAAAACCACAAUGAGCUGGAAGUGACUUUGAUUAAUGUCUAUCAGAGACUGGAUAAUCAUUUACAGCAGAGUUUAUGUAGCAGAUCUCAUCUGCAGCUUUUUUAACAGGACCAUCACCUCUUAGAGUGUGAGUUAAUCAGGUUCAGAAACUUUAGAGAAAGAGCAUCUUCCUGAUUUCAGCCAAAUUCAUUUCUAAACUCUGAGAUAUUCAUAAUAAACUUAACUAGUUUUAGAAGUGAUCAUUCUGAAUAAAUGUUAAUGUAAUUCAAUGGGUUUUAAUGCCUUAAAGUAUUCUUUUGCCCUUCUUGAGUCUUUUGCAGCAACAUGCCAGGCAGCUGCGAUGCGCCUCGUGCAGCCGGCGGAGACUGGAGGUUCAGGUUUAUUAAUAGCAGCUGAACAUGAAAAAAAAGAGACUUUGUUAGAAACAAUCAAAAAUCAUUUUUCUUGCCAAUUUUCAGUCAGAAGGCAUUUUGAAAGAAAAAGAAAAACCAUGAACUCAUUCACAACAAAACAACAAGUCAAGCUAGUCUGGAUUGACCCAAGAUUUAAACUGGGAGAAGGACAACAUGAGUCACUGGACUGGGAAAAGUCAGCAGGGAACAAAUGAUUGGAAGUUUUAACCACAUGUUUUCUCUGGCUUCACCGCUGAGAGUCAUUUCUUCACUUAGAAAUCGUUUUCACCUACCAGCUUUCCUCCUCUUGCGUAAUUUUGUCCGGAACAACAUUUGGUGAGAGGAACAUGUUGGGAAUUCCCAUCAAAGUGCAUCUUUAUAUUCCUCCAUCCUCCGAGCCAGCUCAUUCUCUAUCUGGUGAACAUCUUCCACAUCCUGUCACCAAAGACCAAUCACAUUAACUCAGUGAACAGGUUUGCAUUAGGGUUAAAUAAUUCAACUGUAGAGUUUCAAAUAACGUAGUAAUAUGUAUCAAAUAAAUAAAUUAUCUAUAGUUCCAAAAAGUGAUUUUUUUUUUCACAACUUGAAGCUUUUAACAUGGAAUGGUGGAGAUAACUGGUGACUGCAGGGGAAAUAGGAUAUUCUCAUGCAUUUGUUUCUUUGUUCACUCCUACAGAGAAAGUGCUGAGGCCUUCGCCAAAUAAAGAGGAAUUAUUAUUAAAGCACAUUUUCAAAAAACAAAACAAAUUCAAAAUGUGCCCUUCUGAACGGCUGCUGCAGCUGCAGUUAAUUAGGCAGAUUGUCACACAGCCAAGCUGCAACUUGAAUCAAGCAUCUGCUGGUUUCACAUCUGUAGGUGGACUCUGUGGAUGAAUGCAUCAUCAUGGCUCUUCCAUUUAGAGUCUCCUGGCUAUGCAUGCUGCUAUGGGGGUGCAUUUGUUUUGCUCCACAAACUGGUUAUACUGUUGCACAUGAGUACCAUCUGUACAGAAGCUCACAACCUUCUAGUCAUUUGUCUUCUGGAGAAAUUUUAAAGCCAAACGACAAGGGUGAAACAAAUGAUAUUCUGCCACAUAGCUUUGUUUCAUUGGAGAGUGGAAACAUGCAGCAUUUAAAUCCAGUUAGGGGUUUUAGUGGAAAGAUGGUACAAAGCCACCCUGGUUCUGUACAUAAAGCUGAUAGAAAUCAAGUUUGGAGCAGACUGGAUGAUCACAAGAUACCAGGCAGACACCAUUCUUCAAAUAUUCCUGUUUACUCUCCAGAAAAUAUUUUCUCCUCUAAUGCUCAUGACAGCCAAGUAUUUAGCCAGCGAUCUGUCUCCCACCCGAACAACCAUUUAGGAGCUCCUGAGUUUGUUUCUAAUGAAACGGCUGAUGUUGGUCUCUCUGGUGGACCCAGUGGCUUUCCUGUGAGGGUUUCUAACCACAUUCGUUCAAACUACAAGCAGCCAGAACAAACUCUGUCUCCCUCACGAUCAUUUCCUGGAGAUAAUUCUGUUACUGGUCACAUGACUGACUCCUUCUUUGACACUUCAAACAGACCAUCUCAAGAUUCAAGCUUCUUUACGAGGAAGAGCUCCCGUUCAGGGAAGAGCUCCCGUUCAGUACCUUUAUCAUAUAAGCAAAACAUCCAAAAGCCAAAAUAUUUGCAUCACAUUAACGAUUUAUCAUCAGGUUACCCAUCAGAUGGUUCUUAUGGCAAAGAUCUCCACCAAGUGACACACACUGGUGUAUUUUCCCAACAGAGGCCACCAUCUUCCAGUCACGUUGUACUGAAAAAUAAAAUGCGUUUGCCAAAUUUUGCAGCCAAAAACAAGAAGAAAACGGCAAAAACCUCCCCGUGUCAAUCCAGUGUUGACAAUAAAUCAAACCAUGGUUGCCAUGCGCCCACACAACAGAUGACCGCAUCUGCUAGAUCACUGUUAAACCCUAAAGAUCGUUUACCACAGAGAAGAGAUCAAAAGGAUUUCAGAGAAAAUGUUCUGUAUAAACCUCAUCAGGAGCUGGAUAAAUCCAACCUGGAGUUUAAUGUAAAACCUUACACCUCAACCAAACAUUCAGGCCAUCUUGGAUACCAGAAUGUUCAAGUGGAUCCUCUCUACAUUCAAAAUGUGGUUUAUUCCCUGCAGGAGCAAAAUAAAAAUACCAAAGCAAAACCUAGAGGAACAGAUUCAACCCAGAAAGAAGUCUCGCCCAAGACGGCCAGGAAUCAGCUGAACUCAAUCUCUGAUCAAGACCGGUUCCUUUUCCAAAAUGGUGGAUAUGAGGAUGCAUUAAAAGCUGGCCUUAUGAAGACUUACAACCAGCCAAAUGUCUUUAGGAUGUUUUCAGACCCUACAAAUCUUGCUUUCUGGCCUUCAGAGUUUGAGGUUGAUCCUCUGGAUUCAAACUGUAUAGUUUGGAAGAGCACGUUGCGCUCAAUUCCAUCAAAAUUCCCUAAAUCAUCACAAUUUUUUGCUAACACAUUUGCCAAGUUAAGAAAGCGUCCCACCAGGGCUACAGCGCUCCUGUCAAAGACCUGUUACAUCACAAUUCAGCAGGGUCAAGACAAGGGUUUUAAUCGCGACCGGAACCCUGCCAGGAGAUGGAGAAUAUAAAACCACACCCCAUAAUACAGAAGGAUCGGAUGGAGCAAAGUUCAAGUGAUUGUUAACGGUAUGAAUUUUUUCAGACUGGUUUGAAUGCUGCAUCAGUGGUUUUGUUUUGAAAUGUAAACUAUUUUUCUUAAGGUUUCAGCAGGAUCCAUUUCCAAUAUCAAACCCUGUUUCUGGAGUUGGACACACGACUAACAUCGUUCGACAUUGUGUUUAACACUAACUGAAGAUGCAUGUUCUGUUGCAAAUAUUAAAAAUGGUAAACCUG